AUGCCACUGACCUUUGCCCCCUCUGCCCGGUCUUCGUCCUCGUCCAGCCACCACCGCCGAGCACGACUGAGCCCAGCCCGCCCGGCGCCGGCCACGCCCACUCCGCUGCGCAAGACAACUCUCGCACUCGACGGACCGACACAUGCUCCGCCAUCGUCAUCGGCUUCGGCUACUCGUGGUCCGGGAACAGGACUGGCUGCCGGUGACGGAGUCCGUGCCAUGCCUGCCAGGGCCGAGGCAAACCACGGCGACGCCUUUCCCAUCGCUGUUGCGCCCGAUGAGGUUGUCUUUCCCGACGUGGCGCCAGACACGCUGUAUAUCUUCAAUCUCCGACUUCAGAACGUCGGCCCGGACACCGUCCGAGUCUGCCUCGCGCCACCUGCAUCGGCAAAGUUCUCCUUUGCCGACGGCGCCGUCACCUCGUUCUCUCUCGCUCCGGGUCUCUCGCACUACCUUGAUCUGCAGUUCCGAGCCGAGGAGACAACCGCCGACGUUCACGACGCGGUGCGGGUCUCGCUUGCCUGCGGCGACGCCCUCAUCCCAGUCCGUGCCCUCAUUCCACGCCCGGUGCUGGGCCUCUCGGCGCUGGCGGUCGACUUUGGCACCCUCCCGCCGGCGGUGCCGGCGACAAGAACCGUGACGCUCACCAACAGCGGCGCCAUGGACGGCCAGUUCCGACUCGCGUUGCCCGAGCCAGGCACGCCCGACGCCGAAGCCGCGCAGCCGUUCUCCAUCACGCCGUCGCGCGGCGUCGUCUCGGCCGGCGGCUCGCUCGCGCUCCGAGUUGCUUUCAAGGGUCCUUCGGUUGGCGUCUUCCGCGCCGUCCUUCCUCUCCACUGCAUCGACCCGGGUUCGCGCCUUCCGGUCGUCUCCUCGCUCGAGGUCACCGCAUCGGUCGUCAAGCAGGCGCUCACGCUCUACACCGCCAACGGCGCUGCUGUCCUCGACGUUGUCGACUUUGGCGCCAUGUACUACGGCCAGUCUCGCGUCGUCUCGGGCCUGCUCACUAACAACGGCCCGCUCCCGGUCUCGUUUGCAGUCAUCUUUGGCAAGGAUCGCGGCGGCGCGACGUCGGUCAUGACUACCGCGUCGGACCUCGUCAAGCACGGUGGCGCUCGCGCAGGCCUCACCGAGUCUGCGCAGGACGCCGAGAAGUUCAUCAUGACUCUCGAGCCAUCGCGCGGCACCCUCGCGCCGGGCCAAUCGCUCACCAUGACAUGCACCUUUGCGCCGCCGGCCACCGGCGCCACUGCCGCCGCCGGCGCCUCGCUCGCCGCAGACGCUCCCUCACCCUCGCUCUACUUCAAAGUUCCGUACUUUAUCGAAAUGGUCGAGACUGGCGCCAAGACCAAGGUAACGCUCAAGGGCGAGGCCCAUGUUCCGUCGCUCGCUUUCUCGGCCACCAUCUUUCAGUUUGGCCCGUGCCCCAUCAACUCACACCUCGACAUGGAGUUUACCGUCAAGAACACCAACGAGGAGCUGCCGGCAACCGUCGCUUUUGGCAAGCUUGCCCACUUUGCCGUCUCGGCCCGCAAGCUCACCCUCCUCCCGCUCCAGACCAAGUCGCUCCUCCUCCGCUUUGCGCCCAAGCAGUAUGGCGAGUUCUCCGGCUUGCUCACGAUCCGUGCUUGCGCGGGCACCUACUCCCGCACGCUCAGCGUCUCAGGCCUUUGCACCACUGCGGCACGGCUCCCGCCAGCGCUUGCCGCGCUCCCGCCGUCCGCCCCACAUCUGGUCCAUCCCGACGACUACGCCCGCGCGCUCAACCGCCAGCCUUCGGCCUCGUCGCGGCGCACCAAGCCCGCGCCGCCGCCGUCGGCGCUUGUCGACAAGCGCUUCUCUUACGACGAGGCUACCGCGGCGCGCAUCGCAGCCGCAAAGUCCACCUACAACGGGUACCUCAAGGAGUCGGCCGCCGCCCGCGUCGCCGCCACCAAAGCUCGUGACCGCAGGCGCUCGGUUGACUUUCUCAACGGCGUCGACCUUGGCAUGGUGCCCGGCUCGGGCCUCGAGGAGCCGCAACUGGCGCUCCCGCCAGCCCGCGAGAAGCUGUACCUCGAGCACGUGCCUGGCGACUCGGACGCUGUCUCAUACCUCAAGAACCUCAAGCUGCACUCGGGCGAUGAGUUCAUUGCCACCAAGUUCCCUGCCGAAGCUGCCCACCCGGCGCAGAAGAAGGAGUGCACCUCGGUACUCUCCACCGCCGAGCUCCGCGACAUUGUCCGCGGCCCGGCGUUUAUCGAUUUUGGCACCGUCUCGGUCUUCUCGGCCAACGCCAAGAGCUUCAACGUGACCAACAACCUCGACCAGGCCGUCUCGGUUGCAGUCUUUGCCACCGAGCAUGAGGAGUUGUCGGCGUCGACCGCCAAGCCGCAGGUCAUCCCGCCAGGUGCCACCGCGGGCUUUGACAUCCGCUACACCUCGCUCGUCCCGCAAAAGUUCAACCGUAUGAUUCAGUACAUGGUCAACGGCCACCAUGCGUUCUCGUUCUCGGUCAAGGCCGAGUCUAUUGCCACUCGCCUCGCGCUCUCGCAUUCGUUCCUCGAGUUUCACUUUCCGCCCGACGUCAUCGAGCCGCGCGUCACCGAGGUCAUCACCAUGACCAACCCGGGCAACGCCCCGGCCGAGUUCCGUUGGACGCCGGUCAACACCAUCGAGUCGUCUUCACCUGUCUUUGACAUUGUCCCUCUCACUGGCGCCGUCCCGCCGGCUUCGUCGCUCAACUGCCACAUCACGUACACGCCCGAUGCCUCGCCCGAGGACGUCACCAUCUUCAAGCUUUCGGUCAAGGGCGGCUCAGAGCUCUCGCUCACCUGCCGCGGCGCCAUCGGGGUUGGCAAGGCGAGCUUCUCGACCGACGCCGUCGACUUUGGCGUUGUCUCGGUCGGAAUGGUCGACGAGGCCACCGUUUAUCUGCUCAACGUCGGCCGGCACGACGUCUUCUACACUCUCGACUCGCUCGCCUCGGCUGGCGACUCGUUCGGCGACCUCAUGAUCACCUCGCCCACCUCGGGUCGCAUCCCGGUCGGCAGUCGAGCAAAGGUCACCGUCUCGUUUGCACCGACCCAGCCGCAGGACUUGCGGACCCGGCUCUCGGCCGCCAUCCGCGGCGCAGGUCGGGUCUCACUCGUCAUCUCGGCCUCGGCCGAAGUGCCCUCGCUCUCCAUCGAGGAGCCGGCCUUUGACUUUGGACAGGUCUACAUCGGCGCCACUACCCGCCUCCCGGUCACACUCGCCAACACCGGCCGCAUUCCGGCCUCGUGCUACCUCGACCUCUCCGAGGAGCCCGAGUUCACCGUCGACAUCCCGGCCGAGUACGUCGACAUGCUCGACGCCACCGGCGAUGCCCCGAUCAUGAUGGUGGCAGACAUUGCCGGCCCUGCAGGCUCGGUCUUUGAUCAGGAGACGCUCGCCAACACCAUCGGCGCCCUCGCCUCCAACAUAUACAAGCUCACGCUCGAGCCCGGCACCAAGCUCUCAUUUGAGCUCGUCUUUAGGCCCAUCGACCCGUUCGAGCUCGCCUUUCAGCUCCCUUUGCGCAUGAUCUCCAUCGAAGAUGCUGGCGACCUGCGUCGGGUUGUCACCGCCACCGCUCUCCGUGCCCCACUCGACGUCUCAGAGACUAACUAUGACUUUGGCGAGGUGGUUAUCCUCAAGCCCGGUGCCCUUCCGUACACUCACACCCUCGUCCUUACCAACCAGGACUCGCGUGGCUUCCGCUGGUCGUUCGAGUUGAGUCACGACCUGCUCGCUGACGAUACCUUUGUCCUCGAGCCGACCGAGGGCCACCUCAACCCGGGCCAGCGGGCCUCGGUGCGGGUAUCCUUCACCCCACUCGCCUCGACCGCCUACCUCCUCACCCUGCCCAUCACCAUCGACGGCGGCGAGGCCGGCCUCCGCACCAUGACCAUCACCACCCGUGGCCGCGGCGUCUACCCAAACCUCACCUUUUUGCCCGCCACCCUUCACCUCCCGGUCGUCCCGCUCGGCUUUACCUCGCGGGCCUCGGUCACCAUCUCGGGCCAGGGCUACGACGCGCUCGACUUGGUCUACGAGCUCCCGCUCGACUCGCGCUCGCUUCCAUUGGCGGUUGAGUUUCCUGGCGCCACAGCUCUGACCCGCGACGCGUCGUCGACCACCAUCGAGGUCACGUUUUCGGCGUCGUCGGCUAUGGCCUUUGCCACCACCAUCGACUUUAUCGACUCGGAUGGCGUCCGCUUCCCACUUCACGUCACUGGCAUCACCGACAACUGCUUCCUCACACUCUUCCCGUUUGUGGCACCGGUCCGCAGUGACUUUGCCUUUGUCGAGGGCUCUGCCGCCUCCCCGCCGCGCCCACCCCUGUCGCGAUCCGGCCGCUCGUCUACCGGCGACUCGGCGCCGCUCUCGCCCGGCCCAGCCUCGGUUCUUCCGCUCGACCUUCAGCAGCCGCUCGAGCUCGGUGGCUCCGAAGGCGCAGCCGGCAAGACCAUCUACCUCCGGCUCGCCACGCUCACCGACCGACAGGUCUUUGAAAACCGCAUGGCGCUCCUCCCGCAGUAUCUCUCGCGCUCGGCCUCGAUCCUAGAGUCGGGCCGGGUUGGUCUCUCUGGCGGCGGCGGGUCGGGCCUCGUCAUGGCCGGCGGACCAGCAUCUGGCGGCCCUGUCGUCUCGUUCCAGCUCGACGACCGCGGCUCGCCGGACGGCCGCGGCUCGUCGUUGGCCGAUGUUGAGGGUGUCGACUCGCCGCUCGGCGCCCUGCUGCGACAGGCCGCUGACGUGAUCUGCACCUGGCUCUCGGCGCGGAUUCUUCCGCUGCCCAUCAAGAACUUUCCCGACGACGCUGUCCGCGAAGACGGUCGACCCAUUGCCGCCGCCUUUAAGGCGUUGACCGGGAAAAAGCUGCCCGGACGGGUUGGCAAGCGCUCGGCAGCCAACAAGGUUGACUAUGCGCACAAGCUCUUCCGGCAGUAUGCUAACCUGACAAGGAUCAUCCGCGCUGCUGGCGGUCUCCUUACCCAGGUCGAGCCAGAAGACUUUCUCACCCUCGCCGAGUGCGACCGGGUGCGGACGGCAGCGCUCAAGAAGGCGGAUCCGGAGAUCUCGCAGGAGACCAUUUACGCCGAGCGCGACUUGCUGGAGCGGGCUUAUCCGUUCCGCUCGCUUGCGGCGUGGACCUACACCACACUGCAGAUGAUCCGCUGCUACGUCCUCCCGCGCGUCACCCUUGACUCCUGGGUCGAGCGCAUAGUCGCUCUCCAGUCGCCACCCACCGAUCUUGCCUACAUGGCAGACCUCACCGACGACGAGGCCCUCGAGUUUGGCCUUCCUGCUUCAAGCCGCAAGGCCACGAAGAGGGGAAGGAGCGCGGCUCCCACGGGUCGUCGCGACGGCCCGCCUGAGCCGAGCAAGCCCGGGCAGAAGGCUCGCAAAGCUGGGCGGGCGGGUAGGCGGGGACCUGGCCGCAGUGGCCGUCGCAGCGGCGUCACACCCGGCGGCGGAAGCAGCGGCGGAGGCAGCGGGGCACCGACCGGACCAUCGUACAAUGGUGUGCCGUACGCAACGGUCCUCGCAUCGCGUAAGCUAACCGAAGCCUCGCUCGAUGCAUCGAACGUGUACUCGCGGUCAGAGAUGCUCCUCCUCGAGUGGGCGUCAGUCUGUUACGAGUUGGUGUACCCGACAUCUGCGCGACCGCUGCUCAACUUUGACAUUGACUUUGCCGACGGCGUGGUGCUCGCCGCCAUUCUGGUGGUGUACAUUCCGCAGCUCUCGUCGUCGUGGCUCUCGUCGAUUUAUCAGGAGACCGGGACGAGCCACCACAUCGAGUCGAACGCGGAAAAGGUGCUGAACGCGUUCCGCGAGGCCUCACUCGAUUUCCCGCUCGACGAAGGCGACAUUGUGGCGCCGGAUCCGAUCAACAUCAUGCUCCUCCUUGCGUACCUGUACGAGGUCCUACCGGCGUACCAGCCGCUGGCCAAGAUCAAGUUUUCAGGCGCGUUGCACGAGGAGCUUUCCAAGGCAGUCGUGCUCCGCAAUCCAUCGUCGACGGCGGCGAUCAUCUACUCGAUCUGGCUCACGGGCUCGUCCGACUUUUACGUCAAGCAGUCGUCGAUCCGGCUUGAGCCGAGCGAGACUGCCUCGCUCCCGGUCUUUUUCGAGUCUAAGUUCUCCGCAGUUCGGCGCGGCAGGCUCACACUCAUUGCCAAAAAGGCAGGCGCGGCACAGGGUUCGAUUUUGGCCUUUGAACUCGAGUCGGACAUCAACGACCUCAAGCCGGUCGAGGUCAUGUACGUCACGUCGCGGUGCUACGAGAACGAGACGGUCAAGAUCACGUUUGAGAACACAUCGCCGUUCAACGCGCAGUUUGCGCUUAGUCUCAGCCAGUCGAUGGUGACUCCGAUCCUGCGGCCCGAGUCGGAGGCUGCGCGGGCGCCGAGCCGAUCGCCGGUCCCAGCAUCAGCGGUGCCUGCCGCAGACGUGGAUGCAUACCUAGCCGACAUUGACGUCCUUCGGUCGUCCGCAGCCGGUUCGCAGGUAGGCGGCGGUGGCGGCGGCGGCGUUGCUAGUGCGCUCGAGCGCAACGACGUGUCGGGUGUACUCGGCUUUCCGGCGGAUCCGUUCUGGUGCCGGCUGGCAGCCGAGCUGGCCGGCGUGGGCGUGCUCGAGCUCGCGCCUUCGGAGAAGGUGACGAUUCCGAUCGAGUUCCUCCCGUUCCUGGAGGGCGAGUACGUGUGCCGACUGCAGUUUGUAGACGAACGAGCCGGCGAGUUUGUGUACGAGGUGCGCGGGCGGGCAAUGCUGCCGCAGCCGAUUGAUGUGCGGCGAUGGAGCACGCAGGUCAAGACACCGCUCUCAAAGACUUUUGUGGUUCACGAGAAGAACCCGGGGCUUGAACGGGCCAAGGGCGUGGUACUGGAGCGACUGCGGCUGGUUGGAUCUGACAUGAACGUGCUGCGCGCUGUGACAAUGGCGAUGCGGGCACCGAUGCCGCGCCGGCAAUACGCGGUGACGUAUGUGAUGCCCAAGGUGAAGGGCGCAGAGCGUGCACUGGCGGGCCCGGACGUGGUUUGGGUUGACUCGAGCGGGAGUGGGGCGAGCGGGCGGAACUCGGACGGCGGCAUGGGCCUUGGCGAGUCACUGACACUUGUGUACGCGCCUACGGAGCAGGGUAUCAUCCGCGCGCGGCUGCUGCUGCGGUCGAUGUUUGACGUGCGGGUCUACGAUUUCGAGGGCAGCGCGACAGCGCCCCCAGAGCGAGCAAGUCUGCAGCUUUCGACACCUGCGCGGACGACGCUUGUGCAGCCAAUUCCGCUUGUGCGGAACGAGGGUGACAACCCGAUCAACGUGCGGGCUGUGCUCUCCGGACCGCACUUUCGUGGACCGACGAUGGUGGUUAUUCCUGCGGGCGAGGCAGCCGAGUACGAGCUCACGUUCUCACCGCCGGUCGAGUGCGCGGUGUCGGGCAAGCUUGUGCUGACCAACACCGAGACCUCGCUGUCGUCGAUCUACAUGCUGGAGGGCGAGGGCACGUCGCCGCUGGCCGAAGAUCAUCUUGUGGUACAGGUCCAGGCCCGCAAGACGACGGGUGUCUCGUUCCCGCUGGCCAACACAAUGUCGCGGAGCUCGAUCAGUGUCACCGCUGAGACUGACCUCGCAUUCGCGAGCGGACCGGCGAGUGUGUCGCUCGAGCCGGGCGCGAGAACGCAGUACGAGCUGGUCAUUGCGCCGACGCGGUCGGGCAAGACGCUCGGACAGGUGACGUUCAGCUACCCGGACGGGUCGUAUGUGUGGUACACCAUCGAAGUGGAGGCUUCGCCGCCCGACUGUGAGGGCUUGCUGGAAGCGUCUGCAGAGUUGCGGAGCCGGACGACGCUCCGGGUCCAGCUGAAGAACGUGCUUGGACAAGAUGCGACGUUCAGCGUGACGUACAAGGGCCACGGGCUCUCGGGUCCGAGCGAGUUCCGGGUGGGCGCUCAGAGCAAGGGAGAGUACCUGCUCCAGUUUGUGCCGCUGAAAGAGGGCAAGCAUGCCGGAGAAGUGACGUUCACGCACGAGGAGCUCGGCGAGUACACGUACGUGUUGGAGCUGGAGGGUAAGCCAGUGAAGGCGGUGGCGCUCGAGCCGCUGUCGUGCGAGGUAGGCAAGGUGGCACGGACGUCGCUGACUCUGAGGUCGCCGCUACGUGUGCAGGUCAUGCUCAUGAUAUCCAACUCGAACCCACACAACUUCCGGCUCGAGCCGGAGAUGGUGGUGCUGAGCCCUCUGACGCCAACGCAGGUGUACGUCGAGUACCAUCCGUCUGCGAUCGGGCAGGCGCAGACUGCGACGAUCAAGCUCUCCCACCCGGAGACUGGCUCGUGGGUGUUUGAGGCAAGGGGGACCGGGUCGCCCCCAACCAAGAUGGACGCUGUGACGGUGACUGAGCGAAUCCGGUUCCACAACUCGUCGCAGCUCAACUUUGUCAAUCCGUUUGAGCACGAGCUGCGCGUGAGCGUGGCGCUUGUGACGCCCGAAGAUGUGGCAGCGGCAGAAGUAGCGGCGUCGGCGGCGGCGGCGCGGGCCGCUGCCGAAGCCGCGGAGCGGGAGGCGCUCAACUCUGCCGGGUCUGCGGUGCGAAUGCUUGCCGGCCGAGGUGGGACGCGUGCGGCGCAGCGGCAGGCGUCACUGCGGAGCCGGGCUGGGACAUCGCUGACGGUCCGGGCCGGGACAUCGCUCUCGCGAGUCGGGUCGUCCAUGUCGCUCCUGCGUGGGACCGGGAGCGCGCGCGGGUCGGACCAUGGCGGCGCGAGCGAGUCUGAGCCGAGCGGCGACGAAGUGGCCGGAGCAAGCAAGCGGGUUUGGGCGUUGCCACAGCCGGGCAACUUUACGCUCCCCGGCUUUGGGGUCCUCCGGAUCCCGUACACCUUUUCGCCGACGGAGAUGCGGACGUACGAGGCCGAGCUUGUGGUGCGUGCCGAGCCCAAGACUCGAGGAGAGGCCGGCGGCAAGCCGAUCGAGUGGGUGUACCCGCUGCGCGGGAUUGCCGAGGCGCCUGUGGCGUCCGAGGUGUACGAGCUCCGUGCACGAUCACGGGAGAAGGCAGAUGAGAUCUUUGACUUUUACGCGACCGGCCUGGGAGCGUUUGACGGGCUCGAGUCGUUCUGGCACGUGCUCAAUGUGCCUGUGGAGCACGAGGCGGCGGUCCGGGCGUCGCUCACGGUCACGCCUGUGGUGAACACGCUGCGGCGGUCGACAGAGCCGCUGCGGUUCCGGUUCGAGUUUGAGCCGUCGCUACCGUUUGAGACUGACGUGCAGUUCCUUGUUCACAAGAAGAGCGGCGGGCUGUGGCGGUACACGCUGCACCUGACCGCGGACGAGCCGGACGUGGACGACGUGUUCUCAAUGGAUGCUAUUCUGCACAAGACAACGGCGAUUGCGUUCCGCCAGGCCAACUACACGGCGGCCGAGUCUGCGCCGUUUACAGCGUAUUUUACGCCCGAGUCGUCGUUUGACUUUACGGUGGAGCCGUCGGAGGGUGAGCUGCCUCCAGCGUCAGGCGAGAACGCCGGUGGUGAGGGCGGACAGCGGUUUGUGGUCUACUGCCAGCCAUCCUCCUACGGGAGGGUCCAGCGUGGGUGGCUAGUCAUCAAGACCGCAGCGUAUCAGUGGACGUACGAGAUCAACGGGCAGCCGCCCGAGUACGUCCCUCCGUCCGACUCGACGCGGCGAGUCCCGCUCGACAACAAGAUCUCGCCGCAAAUGCGAAAGUCUCUGCUCGCGCGCAAGUCGCAGAAGAAGAACUUUAUGCGUGCCAAUGUGGCGCGGAUCCGCGGACUCGCCUCGGCCAACGAGGCGCAGGCGCGCGAAGAGCGUGCGCGCGAGGCUCGCGAAGAGCGGCGGCGCGAGGCUGCGCGGGCGCGGACGGCCGAGGUUGCGUUCGGCGCGCCGGAGUCGCGGCGGGCUUGAGCGGCGGCGGCGUGCGCAGCGCAAGUAAAACAUCAGAAAAGUACA